UUUGUAUCAUUCUUUCUGGAUCCUCCGUCCGCAGACACAGCAAGCUUUCGACCACCGUACUGCAUGAUAAAUAACGGAUCAUAAGAAGUACAUACCGUGCCUGCACUACGACUACAAACAGCUACAUAAGUAUGAAUGUCAGUUGAUUGUCUUAGUCUGCUCUUGUUGCCACAAGGAGCCGUCUUGUGUCGUCUGGUCGUGCCUACUAGGGCCACAAGUUCGUACGCCCUGCUCACUUCUCUCUCGGUUUUUGUUAGUUAUCGGAGGUCGGUGGAUGGCGAGAAGGGCUACAGUGCAUCUUUUUAUAUCCUUAUUACUACGCUAAUUAGAUAUGGCCAUAGUACUUCUUCGCAGAUCCUCCCCACCUUUAACCCGACCCCAGCCUUCGUCUUCUUCUCUUCUUCUCUCCACCCACCAUCCGCCAUUUUUCUACGCUAGUGGUAGCUGGCGCCUCACUGUUCUCUUUGGUUCAGACUUCGUCGACCUGAACACCAUCCUUCCAUUGCCCAGGGUUGCCACCUUUUAUCACCUGUGAU